GAAUGCGUUGGUCAGUCGAAUUCGAUCAGGUGGUGUGAAACCCCUCAUUGAACCCGAUCGUAGAGCAAUUAUAAAUUAUUGAAGGCUCCAAUAACAAGGGAUACAUUUCUUGUUCUGUCUCCCGCCGUUUGAUAGCGCUAUCGUCGCGCUCCUGCGGCACGCUCCCAAAUCUAUCUCGAUCUCUCCCGCAUAGCUGUUCCCUCCCGCUCGUAAACUCGGGAACAGUUCACCGGGACCUCGUGUCGACCCUGCUUGUGGAACCGAACCUUACGCGAUGUCCCCCAUACCCGUAAAUGUACAGCCCUUUUGUGUUUUGUGCGCGACACACCUCUAGUUCUUGUUGUGAGCUUUCGCAGAUGAGGAAUUCCCGUUUUUCCGAACGACUUCCCGUAGGAAUAUAACCUCUCCUCUGGAUCGGUCAUGGUUCGCUGUUGAAGAUCAUCCAAUAUAGUGUGUAUCGAUGUCGAGCUAGUGUAACAUCAAACUGGCCCACCAGUUUUGGAUAUCAUACCCGCCCCCGGCGGCGGGCAGUUCCACCAGCACCAAAGAGAAGGAUAAGCAACAGCAAGAAGAAACAGAGAAACGCGGCUCGAAAGAUAGAGAGCGACAGAUAGAUUACGACGCUGCUGUGAAGGAACAACAUAGGAAUUCCCAAAGGGAGCAGUGGCAAAUUCGUCAGCUCGAUAACGAUCUCUUGCAACAAAGGCAAUCUGAAAGGGAUAGGGAAAGGGAGCAGAAGGAGUUAGCUGAGCAGCGACUUCUGCUUGCCGAGGAUCAGGAUUACACUCCUUUACCUUCAUCAAUGUGUAGAGCUCCCAUAGCGAGUCUGGACUGUAUGGAGGAAUUCAGUGCUGGUAGUGCCUUGAGCGCUCUGGCCGACAGACAGGAUGGUACCAUCACCAAGGAACAAUUGCUGCUCAGCGGAUUGUCCCAUUCUGUACCCACCGCCCCCCUUCAGCUAAACAGGCAAACCUCAGUGACCCCCGGCCUUAGAUAUAGGAACCUUGGAAAAAGUGGCCUUCGAGUAUCGAAUAUAGGGCUAGGAACAUGGCCUACAUUUAGCCCUAGCGUAACAGAAGAAAAAGCUGAGCAAAUCAUUGUACUAGCAGUUGAAAGUGGUAUCAACUUAUUUGAUUUAUCCGAAGCACAUUCUGGAACAAGAGCGGAGGUUGAACUAGGCAGAAUUCUACAAAGAAGAGGAUGGAAAAGGACAACCUAUAUUGUUACAACAAAAAUAUAUUGGAGCACGAGGUCAGAUGAGCGAGGUCUGUCCAGAAAACACAUUAUAGAAAGUAUUAAGGCAAGUCUCAUGAGGUUGCAGUUGUCUUAUAUAGAUGUUGUUAUGGUACAUAAAGCAGAUCCAAUGUGUCCAAUGGAAGAGGUGGUCAGAGCCAUGCACUAUGUGAUAUCCCAAGGUUGGGUUAUGUAUUGGGGUACAGCCAGGUGGUCCACCGUAGAAAUUAUGGAGGCAUAUACGAACUGCAGGCAGUUCAACUGUGUUACUCCAAUAGUGGAACAAACCGAAUACCACAUGUUUUGCAGGGAAAAAUCUGAACUUUAUAUGCCAGAACUUUACAACAAGAUUGGCGUUGGUUUGAUGGCAUGGUCACCUAUAUCCAUGGGAAUGUCCCAAGGAAAAGAUGAAGGCACGAUGCAACUAUUUGCAAGAGCCAGUUUCAAGAACAAAUACAGAUCUUUCUCUUGGAAUGAAGAUGAGACUGGGCCUCUGAAAGAUAUUAACUUUGGAUGGGUAAAAGAAAAAAUUCAACCGGACGAUACCAGACGUCAGUGUGAAAGAAUGAGAGAUCUCAGCGUCUUGGCAGACAAGUUGGGAUGUUCGAUAACUCAGCUCGCCAUAGCCUGGUGCUUGAAGAAUGAAUCCGUUCAAAGCCUGCUCCUUGGGGCGAGCACACCAGAGCAGUUGUACGACAGCAUCCAAGCUCUUCAGAUCGUGCCGAAGUUAAACACGAACGUCAUAACUGAAAUCGAGAGAAUUUUGGAAAAUAAGCCUAGCAGGCCGCCUAUGGUAUCUACCCUCGCGCUUAGAUGACAAUCAAUGUGCCCCCCUGGCUCCAUAAGCCAGGGAGGCACAAACAACGCUGAAAGCCCCAAGGGAGACGAGUUCAGCAACGCUGGCGACACGGACACGACUAAGGACACAGGAAAGAUGCCUUUCUGCGAAAUCCAGUGACAAAAAGUUACCGAGUUUGUCAAAACUCGAAAAAGCAAAACACCGGACGAGAAGCCCGUCAAGGAGAAAGUCCGCUGGUCCUACAGCCCGGAGGAAGGACCAAAAUGCACCACCAUCGACCAGUUCGUCACGAAGAAGAAGAGCAAGUCACAGAGUCCGGUGCAAGUAUGAGACCAAGAGAUUUUGUGGGAGGAAAUGGAGGAUUUGGAGGAAGGAGAAGUGAUCAUUUGAAGUUCCAUCACGUUGGGGAGUCGAUAGAUUAACGGAAGUUGAAAUAGAUUUGAUCAGUUGCCUCUCAUAUAGCGUAUAUAGUAUUUAAGUUAUCACGGAACUUUUGAUUAGCUUAUAUUUUCAAUUGAUUCUUCACCAACAACGUGAUUCGAUUCCCUGGAAAUGAGCUUUUUUUUCACCAUGAAACUUUUCAUGUCAUCAUUGGCGAACAUAAAUAUACUACACAGGGUGUUUCCAAAUUAGACGUGAAACUUGGAGGAGGUGUUAGUAUCACUCAUUUGCUGUGGAUUGAGCCAUACACCUAUAUUGAUAACCGAAAAUCAACAGUUUCAGGGAUAUUUGAGUUCUUGAGCUUUUUAAAAAAAUUUUCACCUCACUUUAUUUUUCGUCAAUUUUUUCUACGUUGUCCAAGUUUGAUUUGAAUUUUGAAUUAUUUUCAUCAAAAAAGGGUAUUAUAUGUUUAAAAAAGGCAAAACUAUGCUGCAUUAGAUGUUGAAUAAGAAUUAGUAUGAUGAACUUGGUAUAUGAAGAAAUGAAUAGUAAAUUUUUAAUAUAAAUUCACCUGGAACUUCGAAAUUCCACAAUUUAUUCAUUACAAAAUUAUUCUAAACACUUCCAAAUUCCUUCUUCAUCUUCUAAAAAAGUUUUCGUUAGAAUGCCGGCACUAGUUUUGUUUCAACAGAUUUUGAUUUGAGAAGGAAAAGAAGCAAAGGAAGGAAAGUAAUGAAUCAAAUAUUUUUUAUUUUAAUGUAUUCAUAAAUUAUGUUUGAAAUGACUCCCACCAUACCUUAUUCAAGCACGUGCCCUGCUUCUUAUUUCUUGUUACUUUCCGCUUCAAAUUCACUCUCACUUUUCUCGCUGCUUCGCCUAUUUUAACGGUGUUAAAUCUAGACUUCUCGCUAAUCCAAUAUUAUAACCAAAUUUGGUCAACGUAGAAAAAAUUCACGAAAAAUGAAGUAAGGUGAGAAAUUUUCCAAAAAUCACAAGAAAUGAAAUAUCUCGUAAUCUAUUGAUUUUUAGUUACCACUAAAUUGGCUCAAAUAACAUCAAACGAGUCAUACUAAGACGUCCUCCAAGGUUCACGUCUGAUUUGGAAUGACCCUGUAUAGUUUUUAUCCGAAUCUAAAUCAAAAAUUUGGUAAUUUAGAGAACUUUUAUCUAGAGACUGGUAAAAUAUAAACGUAAAAUGGUUACCUUCUUACCAAAAACAAAUAAGAGACAUGUUUCUUAGUUAUCGUGUCUUAUUUCGUCGUUUGUACCACCUACCCAUUAGCUCACUAGAGAAGAGUUACAUCUUUGAAUGAAAUACAGGGUGAGUUUUGAGUAUGGAACGCCUCAAUAAUCUCUGAGAUGAAUUGCAUGAUUUAAUAGAUUUUGGUGUUGCAAGAAUCUUGUAAUAUGGCCAAUAUUAUGGUGAUAUUUACAUUGUUGUCAGAUCUUCGCUUUCUCCAGAAUAAUAAUGAACGUUGUUAUUUCUAAUGGACCAUUUUUGACUUUCCAAAUUUUUAAAAAAUACUGAAUAUUUUCCAUGCUAUGUUCCCUAUAAUUAAAUGCAAUGAUUUCGGAGUUAAAUCAAUACAUCUGCCCUGCUGUAAUUAUGUAAUUGCCUUUACUGUAUAUUACACAAAAUUCCUAAUUUUUCUCAAACUCAAAUAUGAAGAUUCCUCUAACAUUAAACAAACAUUUGAUGAUUAUUCAAAUUUAAGCAGUUCAUUCGAUCAUAGGUGAAUACAAUGUUAAUAUGUAAAUGCAGCUAAAACUCCGAACAUCACAUGAAAAAUAUUCAUUUUUUCUAAAUUAUUUUAAAAAGAAAAAAUAUACAGGGUGAUCAAUUUCAAAUAACAAAUUUCCGGAAGGAAGGAAGAUCUGACAACAAUGAAAAUACCAUCAUAAAUCGGCUAUAUCAUAACAGGGCCGUCGCCAGGAUCGGCAAACCGGACAUUUUGCCGGGGGGCAAAUUUUAGGGGCGCAGUCAGUUAAUAAAACGAGACAUGUUUUUUGACACAAAUAUGUUAUGCCACUCUUUUUAGUAAAAUAAUGAAAUUACUAAGAGCCAAUAAAAAUACGUACACCUUUAAGAACUACGUCUUCUUUUUACUAUAAACUUAUAGAGUGCCGUAGGGAAAAAAAGAAGCUCCUUCAAAGAAUAUUCAGAUAAAUUAGGCAAUCAGGGCGGCGAAAUUUCAUUUUGCUGGGGCGCCAAAAUGUCUGGCGGUGGUCUUGUAUCAUAAGAUCGUACAAAAUCGUCCAAUCAGUUUCCGAGAUAAUUGAGGCAUUCCAUACUUCAUUUCAAUCUGUUUAAGAAUUCCAAUGAAUCUAGAAUAAUUCUCAUAAGAAAAGAAGCCUCUUUCCAGGGUGUAUUGUAACAACAAUGAGGUGAAGAAACAGUUUGGCACGAUGGUUUUUAAAUAUUUUGCGCAAUAUUUGCGUCUGUAUUAUAGUUAUUGGAUAAGGCAUAAUCAUACAGAAUUUCCCGAAUUUCAAACACCAAACUCAAAAUGAUUUUCACUACAUAUUAAUCAAAUAGCGGAAUCAUUAGUGAAAGGUUUGGGAACGAUCAUUUCGAAUAUUUAUAAAAUUUCAUGUCCAAAAUAUUUUCUUCUGAAUAUCUGAGCUAUUAUCGACGAUAAUGAAAUGCGAUGAUGUAUUCUCUUCAAUAUCCAAAAAAAAAAACAUUUUCAGGAGUUUUGUAACAAUGUUUCAGGGUAUCUGUACAAUUAAGACAAAUUUGGCCAUUCCAUUGAAACAAAUCUUUCAAAGGCCUUCAACAGAAUUCUAGUAUGUCGAGAGAUCCCCCAUCCCUAUUAAAUCUUUCCUCCUUCUACCUAAGAAAGAUCAUUGAAAAUUUCCAUAUCCUUACCGAUCCUCACCUAACCCUACCUAACCUUAUAUAACCUAACCUUAAUUAAGAAUACCUUAACUCGUAGCUACGUACUGGUUUACUGAGACCAAAACUUCUUCCAAAAAAAAGUAUUCGAAAUUAACUGCCGCAAUUUCAAUAAGACAAACAUCGAUUUGAGGGAAUAUAUUGUCCCAAUUCGAGAUAAAUCUUAUCGAAUUGUUUUGCAACGUUUAUAACGAUCGUGUAUAUUUUUCUUCAGAACAGUUGGAAAGCUUUGUUUUGGAAAUACCUCAUAUGUUUGUACGCUUGCGAUUCCAAACCGUUGUUUCCAAUUUUGAUCAAAAUCGUUCAGGACUUCGAACAUUAGAGAAUGAAGUUAUUGAACUCAAAUUAUGGACUAUUUAGAUCUUAAGCUUUGUUGAAACUCGAUAACAUCUCUGGAAAAAAUCUCAAAUAUAUCGUAUAUAAGGUGUUGAGAAUCCGAAUGCAAGAUUGGUCUUUUCAAAAAACUGAUAAUCGAUAUUCUGCAUGAAAAGUAGUUUGGGUAGAGUAUGAAUAUUGACAGUUAAGUGAAGCUACACGAAUCAUCUUAGUAAAUUAACAAUUUCUUUCUAAUACUAAUACAAUAUUGCACAAUAGCCAAACAGUUUUACAAAAAUAUAAAAAGAAUUUUAGAAGAAUGAGUAUCGAUUUUCUUUUUUCUGAGAAAAAAAUUCAUUGAUAAAAUAGAAUGGGAGUGUAAUAUAUUGGUGCUUUUAAUUAAGAAUUCUCAUUCUUUUCAAUGCGCAUGUCCGCCUUAACAUUCAAUUCGAGACACCUGAAUAUAUUUGUUCAUUUUUUACGAGAACUCUAAUUUUAUCAGAAAAACUAUUAUCUUGUUGUUAAAUAUUUCUAGUUAAAAAUUUCUUAUUUAACUCACGAAGUGUGAUAUUUUGGUACCUAUAAUCAUUCCUCACUCAUCGUCAUCACACUGAAUUGGUCCUCGAAGAUCGAAAAACUAUUACACUUUGUGAGAACAGCGAUUGUGAUUUCUCACUGUAUCUAUAUUCGAUAGAUAAUAUUUUCUAUAAUAAUGAUAUCAAGUUUUUGAUAGGCAAUCUUCUUGAAAUCUCAUGGAAGAACGAACUAUCAUGAGGUUUCAUAAAUUUAGACGAAAUGAGAUUGAGAUACUUCAGAUCUGAAGAUAUUAUAUUAUUGGUCAAGUAAAUUUAUUUAUUUUUUUAUUUAUUUUAUUUAAUACAUAUAUUAUUUUAUUUAAUACAUAUACAUAUGAUGAAGAACGUGGGUUA